GGGAGGUAGGCGGAGCCAUGGCUGUGGCCGUGGGAGGGCCGGACGACUGUCUGCGUUGGGACUGGCGGAGGAACAAAUGGCAUCUGUCUCAGUGGACUGCUGUGAGGACUGAUGACUAAACUUCAUCUUAAUAUGGCAUAUAGAAGAGUAAAUGGACAAGGACAGUCUAUCACAUCUAAACUUUCUCAUAAUGACUAUGGAAUCCAUCAGCUGCAUAGAACUGGAACACAUAAUAUCUGCAUGGUGUCUGAUUUUUUUUAUCCAAAUAUGGGAGGAGUGGAAAGUCACAUAUACCAGCUAUCUCAGUGUCUGAUUGAAAGAGGACACAAAGUGAUAAUUGUCACUCAUGCUUAUGGAAAUAGAAAAGGUAUUCGAUACCUUACUAAUGGCCUCAAAGUAUAUUAUUUACCGCUGAAAGUCAUGUACAAUCAGUCUACAGCAACAACGCUCUUUCACAGUCUGCCUCUGCUCAGGUAUAUAUUUGUUCGGGAAAGAGUCACCAUAGUCCAUUCACAUAGUUCUUUUUCUGCCAUGGCCCAUGAUGCACUCUUCCACGCCAAGACAAUGGGCCUACAAACAGUCUUCACAGACCAUUCUCUUUUUGGAUUUGCUGAUGUCAGCUCGGUGCUUACAAACAAACUUCUAACUGUAUCACUUUGUGAUACAAAUCAUAUCAUUUGUGUCUCUUAUACUAGCAAGGAAAACACUGUUCUAAGAGCAGCACUGAAUCCUGAAAUAGUAUCCGUCAUCCCCAAUGCUGUAGAUCCUACUGACUUCACUCCAGACCCAUUUAGAAGGGAUGAUAGUAUAAUAACUAUUGUUGUUAUCAGCAGGCUUGUUUACAGAAAAGGGAUUGAUUUGCUUAGUGGGAUAAUACCUGAACUCUGUCAGAAAUAUCCAGAUUUAAAUUUCAUAGUUGGAGGAGAGGGGCCAAAAAGAAUCAUUUUGGAAGAAGUACGGGAGAGAUACCAACUACAUGACAGGGUACGACUUCUGGGAGCGCUGGAACAUCAGGAUGUUAGAGACGUCUUAGUCCAAGGACACAUUUUUCUAAAUACUUCUCUUACUGAGGCUUUCUGCAUGGCAAUUGUGGAAGCAGCAAGUUGUGGUUUACGGGUUGUGAGUACCAGGGUUGGUGGGAUUCCUGAGGUACUGCCAGAUAAUCUUAUCAUUUUAUGUGAACCAUCAGUAAAAUCUUUGUGUAAUGGCUUAGAAAAAGCUAUUUCUCAGCUGAAGUCAGGAACAUUGCCAGAUCCAGAAAAAAUCCAUAACAGAGUAAAGACAUUCUAUACUUGGAGAAAUGUUGCUGAGAGAACUGAAAAGGUAUAUGACAGAGUGUCUAGGGAAGCUGUGUUACCAAUGGACAAACGGUUGAACAGACUGAUCUCUCAUUGUGGCCCAGUGACUGGCUGCACCUUUGCUUUGUUGGCUGUGUUGAAUUUCCUUUUCCUUGUUUUCCUGAGGUGGUUGACUCCUGAUUCCAUCAUUGAUAUUGCAGUUGAUGCCACAGGACCAAAGGGGGCCUGGACCCAGCAGUAUUUUUUUUGUAAAAAGGGGGAAGAGAAUAAAGAAAUUUCAGAAUCAAGGUAGAAAGAAGCCUACUCUUCAAGAUUUUAAAUAUUUUAAUAAUUCUUCCAAAACAGUUUGAAAUUACUUGUUUUAGUUUAGAAAUUUACGCUACCUCCAGUUCAUAUACUAUGUUUAAUUUUGAGACAAGAUCCUGGACAUAUGCAAUUUCUUGGGAUGAAAAACUAUUUGCACUUGUUUAAAAUUCAGAAGGGAAAAAUUUGAGCUACUCAGGUAUAAAACUUUCAAGACUACUGAAUUUACUGUAACAGUGGUGUUUUAAGAUUAUACUUUGGGGGCUGGUAGGCACUGAUGGGCCAAGCUCAUUAUUAUCUGGAGUUUUCUUUGCCAGUGUUUAAUAUUAUUCUUUUUAAUAUGAAUUUGAAGGCAUAAAGCAUUUAUAGAAUUUGCUUGAUGUAUUUUAAGUACAGUUCUUGUAGCAUUUUUGGUAUAUUCAUUAAGUAUUAACUCUUCAUCCAUUGAGUAAGAUAGGUACUUUGACUAGUAAAGCAAUAUUUGUUGAGCACCUGUUGUGUGCUGAGCACUGUACUAGAUGUUUCCUAUAGAGCACUGGGACCACUUACUAGCAUAGUAGCAAUUUAUUACUGGUACUGAAAAAUAGCAUGCCUCCAAAUGUUUUAACAUAUCCCAAAAUAACCAUCUUAAUCUUAAUAAAUUGCUAGCAAGGGCUGACUGAAUAAUCCCUUUGGACUAUUGGAGACACUCAUCUAGGCAUUGCCUGUGUCUUUUUGUUUUUAUGUUUUUAUUUAAAGUCGGUUAUGAAAAAAAAAGCUCAUAUGGAUUUUUGUUUUUCUGGAAAUGCUAACUUAAAAAUUAAGACUAAGAUGUACUUUGCUUUUAAAUAUUUGUUAAAUAUUUAUUUAAUAUUUAACAAUAAAUAUUAAAUAAAUAUUUACUAGGGACCGAUAUCACUGUUUAGCAUAGGGCAGAGGCACACUCCACUAGCUUUCAUAUGUAACUUAAUCCUUUUUCUGUAAAUGACUCCAUUUUAAUCUGUCUUCAGCAGAAUUUAAUAGUUCUAAAAAUGCUGAUAAUUAUGACCAUCUGCAGUACUAUACAUUUAAUUAUAAUCAUUUAGAUUUCCUUUAUGAUCUUGUUUACAUUUGAAUAAAUACUUUGAUUGAUAGUAAUUCAAUAGUUUUUUCCUCUGGAAUUUUUGGUUCUCAACAACUACAAACUGAAAAUUAUCAGGAGAUAGUCACUGUGUUGAUGAAUGUGGCCCAUUUUAUUUGUUUUUGCCUCAGAGCCAUGGGUUUUCUAACCCCAAAUUAUCCCUAUAAUCUAUAUCUUUAAUUUAGUGAAUAUUCCUUUGAAAACUUGAGAAAUUUUUCUCGUAAAGCAUGGUUUAACAUUAGAGAGAUGAUAUCUUAUACAGAUUUAAACUCCGUUUUCUGGCUGUGUACCAGAUAUUUUCAGAAAUUUUUAAUGACAACUCAAAAGUUCAAAUAGUUUUUAUAUAAAUAUCCUAUGCUGUGAAUGUUUUAACUUCUUUUCCAUUGUGGAAUGAAAAUAACACUGCUUUUUGUUUUUAUUGAAAAGGGUUUGAUGAAAAGAACACUAUAAGAUCUUAAAAUUUGUAUAUUUUUCUUUUGUUGAAGAAAAAUAUUGAUUAUUGGUAUUAAGAAACCUAAAAGUCUUGACAUUGACAUUUCCUUUUAUUAGACUAUGUUGGAUGAUAUGCAUAUGAAAUGUGCAUUGUGGAGAAAUAUUGGGGAGAAAAAUUGUUGAGAAAAAGUUGAAUAUUGGUUUUAUUGAUGUCAUUAAUCAAUUUUUAAAAAAGCAUACUGUUAUCUUUCCCUAACUUUUAACGUUCCUUUUGAAUCACUCUUUAAAAUUGUCAAACUUUUAUGCCUUAAAUUAAUGUAGAAAAGACUUCACUUCACAAUUCCUUAACAUGCCAAAUAUUGGAAAUUAAAAUAAUUUUUCUUGGGUUUCUUCUUUAAAGAAUCAAGAAAGAAGUGAAACUUGCCUUCUUGUCAGAUUCACUUAAGCCUCCCAAAUAUACUUAUUUUUAACUGUGUUACAACUAUUGUACUGGUCAGUAUCUAAAAUCAUACAAUGUUGUUUUUCUGUUUAUUCUGGUAUUGUAAAAAAUAAGUAAAGGACUGAGAAGAAAUCCUAUGCUGAUUUGCAUAUUGAAGAAGUAAAAUUUACUUAGUGGGAAAAAAAAAAAAACUUCCUUGUUUUGCCAAAAAAAAGUAGAUAGUUCAAGAUGAGAAAUCUUAGCUGAUCAUUUGGUGGUUGGUUAGGAAAGCCCCUUAAAUUAGUUAUGCAACACCUUUUUAUUUCCAAUUAUGUGAAAUAACAGGUUCUAAUUUGUACCUGUAUUCUCUGCUUUAAACAAGUGCUCAUUUUCCUUUAUAACAGAAAUUUAUUCCACAAAAUGGAAGAUAUUUUCUCUCAUAUUUUGAACUACAUAAUUGCUGUACCAUAUGAGAGAUUUUAAGAAAAAUUUAUAUUUAGGCUUAGUUAACCUAAGUUAAGCUUUUUUAUACUUUCUCUCUCUCUUUUUUUUUUUUUUCCUGAAGAGGAUGCUGUGGAUAAGACUGAGUGAGAACCUUACUUGUAACAAAUGAAUUAAUUUAGAUUUGUAAAAUUUUUCUAAAUACAGAAAGGAUGCUUUGGAGCAAAGAUUAAAAUUAAAAAAAAAAAAAAACCAACAGAGCCAGUUUAGUCAUUAAAACAUCAUACUGUACACAUGUAUGCAUUCCUAUUUUCCACCAGACAUUUGUUUGCCAUUGUACAAAUCGGUACUUACUUUUAUGAAGUAUUUUUAAAUGCCUCUACAGUAUUCAUUUAUUUCUCUUACCUGUUCUCAAGAAAAUUUAAAUGGAUUAAUAUUGAACUAUAUUGUGAUUAGGGUUUUCCAAAUGAAAUUAUGAAAAUUAAAGUUUUUAUAACAAA